AUGGAAGAAGGUAAUGACUACUUUCAUGAACUACUAUCAAGGUCAUUCUUUCAGAGAUUAAGUGACAGUCCUUCCUAUUUUGUAAUGCAUGACCUACUCAAUGAUUUAGCUCAAGAUAUAUCUGGGAAGUUCUGUGUUAGGUUGGAUGAUGACAAACCACUUCAUAAUAUAUGUGAAAAAGUUCGCCAUUUCUCAUAUCUUCAGUGCCAAUUUGAUGCAUUUGAGAAAUUCAAGGUUAUUAAUGAGGUUAAGUGUUUACGGAGUUUCAUAUCAUUUCGAAGUGAAGGACGGUCUUUUUUCUUGGGCAGUAAGGUCCUACAUGAUAUGUUACCAAGUUUGAGAUGCUUAAGGGUGUUAUCUUUGUCAAGAUAUAAGAUUCAUGAACUGCCUCAAUCGAUUGAAAAUUUGAUACAUUUACGCUAUUUGGAUCUCUCUCGGACUCUACUCAAACGAUUACCUGGUACAGUAACAACGUUGUGCAACUUACAGACAUUAGAUUUGUCAUUUUGUGGGGAUCUUAUUGAGUUGCCUGUCAACAUAGGAAAACUAGUAAAGUUGCGCUAUCUUGAUAUCCGAAAAACUAGAUUGACUAGGAUGCCAACUCAAAUGAGCAUAUUGAAAGAUCUCCAACAUCUAACAGAUUUUGUUGUUGCCAAGGAUGGUUGGUCAAGAUUUAGUGGGUUGAAGGAACUCGGUCAACUUCGGGGGCAACUCUGCAUUUCAGAGCUUCAAAACGUAACCAGUGGUCCGGAGGCAUCAGAGGCUAAUCUAAAAGGAAAGGAGCAUCUUGAAGGGUUAGAGCUGAAAUGGGUCAGCCAUACUCACAAUUUACAAAAUGAAGAACUUGUACUUGACAACCUACAUCCUCAUGCGGGAGUGAAGCAUCUCCAUAUCAUUAACUAUGGGGGCACAAGAUUUUCAAAUUGGUUAGAGAAAGGUAAUUUGUUUCAUGACAUGGUGUCCUUGGAUCUUAUAGGCUGUGAAAAUUGCUCUUCUUUGCCGUCAAUUGGGCAGUUACCCUCUCUAAAAUAUUUAACAAUUGAAAGCAUGAAUGCAAUAAGGAAGGUCGGUGGGGAGCUGUAUGGGAAUGCUUCUUCUUCAAUCAAACCGUUUAAAUCUUUGGAGACACUAAGGUUUCAUAAAAUGGCAGAGUGGGAGGAAUGGGAUGCAUCAGGGAUUGAAGAGUUCUCUAGGCUUAUAGAGUUUUCUAUAGACAAUUGUCCUAAGUUGACCAGUGAAUUAUCUAUCCGCUCCCCAAUCCUAACAAAGCUUAACAUUUCCGAAUCCAAUCAAGUUAGGCUGUUACUGCAAGGACUUCCUUGCAUUCAGGGGUUGAAGAUUCCAAAUAUUCCAAAUUUGACGGAAUUGCCGCAGCAAAUGCAACACCUGUCUUCUCUACAGAAAUUGGAGAUUUCAGGGAUGUCAAACUUGAAGGAAUUGCCACAGGAGUUGUGCAGAUUAGUAAAUCUUGAAAGGUUGAAGAUAGAGGAAUGCCCGAGGCUUGUGUCAUUUCCAGACAUGGGGCUGCCGCCGAAGCUUAAGACGCUAAAGAUCAGCAGUUGUGAAGGUCUACAGUCCCUAGCAUCAGAGGAAAUCAUCAACAAUUGUCUUGAAGAGUUGCGUAUCUCUGAUUGUUCAUCUCUUCUUCAGGUGUCUUUUCCUAUCGCUACAUUGAAAAAACUUGGCAUCAAACGUUGUAAAGCUCUACAGUCACUAGCAGCAGCAACAGUACCAUCAGAGGAAAUCAUUAAUAUUCGUCUUGAAGAGUUGCACAUCUUUAAUUGUUCAUCUCUUGUUAAGGUGUCUUUGCCCAUCGCUACAUUGAAAACACUUGACAUCUCCUCCUGUAGGAGAUUAGAGUUUCCCCUGUCCGAGGAGAUGAAGGAGUAUAAUUACUCCACAUCCAUUGAAGUUUUGAGUAUUAAUGAAAGCUGUGAUCUUCUCAAGUCGCUGUG